AUGGCGGCGCUGAAGGAGGCUCGGAGUUACGGGCUGUCGUGCGGGCGGGUCAGCGACGGCAGCAGAGUGUCGGUGUUCCACGUGAAGCUCACCGACAGCGCCUUGAGGGCCUUCGAGAGCUAUCGCGCCAGCCAGGAUUCUGUUUCACUGAGACCAUCAAUUCGCUUUCAAGGAAGUCAAGGGCACAUCUGCAUCCCUCAGCCCGAUUGCCCCUCAGAGGCUCGGACCUUCUCCUUCUACCUCUCUAACAUCGGCCGUGACAGCCCCCAAGGCAGCUUCGAUUGCAUCCAGCAGUAUGUCUCCAGCCGUGGGGAUGUCCAUCUGGACUGCCUGGGCAGCAUCCAGGACAAGAUCACUGUGUGCGCCACUGAUGACUCCUAUCAAAAGGCUCGGCAGAGCAUGGCGCAGGCUGAGGAGGAGACGCGUAGCCGUGGUGCCAUCGUCAUCAAGCCUGGAGGCCGCUACAUGGGCAAGAAGGUUCAAUUUCGGAAACCUGCCCCAGGAGCCACAGAUGCCGUGCCCUCCCGGAAGCGAGCAACCCCUAUCAACCUGGCAAGCGCCAUCAGGAAAAGCGGUGUUGGCACCAUCGGUGGGGUGUCCCAGAGACCCUUCCGAGACAGGGUGCUGCACCUCCUGGCGCUGAGGCCCUACCGGAAGGCGGAACUGCUUCUGCGACUGCAGAAGGAUGGUUUGGCCCAGGCGGACAAGGAUGCACUGGAUGGCCUCCUCCAGCAGGUGGCCAACGUGAAUGCCAAGGAUGGCACUUGCAUGCUGAAGGACUGUGUGUACAAGGACGUGCAGAAGGAUUGGCCUGGCUACUCCGAGGGUGACCAGCAGCUGCUGAAACGGAUGCUUGUCCGGAAGCUGUGCCAGCCACAGGGCACCAGUGGGCUCCCUGGAGACUCUGCUUCCACUAGCCCUCCAGGGGAACAUGGGAGGUCAGCCUCGCCCCCUCAGAAACGGCCACAGCCUCCUGACUUCAUUGACCCAUUGGCUAACAAGAGACCUAGGAUAUCACACUUCACCCAGAGAGCUCAGCCUGCCGUCAAUGGAAAGCUGAGCAUACCCCAUAGCCGCGAGGCUCUACUGCCUACUCCUGGCUCUCUGGCUGUCACAGAUGCCCACCUGCCCCCAAGGCUGGAACCUCCAAGAGCCCAUGACCCCCUGGCAGAUGUCAGCAAUGACUUGGGCCAUAGUGGCCGGGACUGUGAGCGCAGGGAUACAGCCACCCCAGCCUCUGCUGCGUGCCUCAGCCUGCCCCUGCUGAUGGACUGUGCACAGCCCAGUAGGCCCCAAGGCAGCUCCUCGCGCGGCAAGUCCAAGAAGAAGUCCAAGAAGCACAAAGACAAGGAGAAGGCGUCCGAGGACAGGCACCAGGCCCGGCCGCCAGAUCAUGUGCCCGGUCCCCUUGGCGCCCCAGCAGAUGCACCAGGGUUCAAUGGGACCUGCAGCACCUCUGGUGUCCCCAUCCCUACACCCACCUCAGAGACGCCUGACUACUUGCUGAAAUAUGCCACCAUCUCCUCGUCAGAGCAGCGGCAAAGCUAUAAGAACGACUUCAACGCAGAGUACAGUGAAUACCGAGACCUACAUGCCCGCAUAGAGCAGAUCACACGGCGCUUCACGCAACUUGAUGCACAGCUCCGGCAGCUUUCGCAGGGCUCCCAGGAAUAUGAGACUACUAGAGGGCAGAUUCUGCAGGAAUAUCGAAAAAUCAAAAAGACCAACACCAGCUACAGCCAGGAGAAGCGCCGCUGCGAGUACUUGCACAGCAAAUUGGCCCACAUCAAGAGACUCAUCGCAGAGUACGACCAGCGGCAGCUGCAGGCCUGGCCGUAGCCCCAGUCCUGGGGCAGCUCGCCUCACCCCUGACCUUCUGCAUGGUGGGGAGCUGGGGGCGGGGGGAACCAAGGGAGAGAUUUAUUUAAAAAAUAAACACGAGGAAGACACAUUCAUCUGAGCCAGCAAGGCCGGCUUUUGGGGGAGCCACACAGGGAUCAGGUGGUGGCCACUUCCACCCCCAGCCGCCCACCUCCUGAGGAACCCCUGCCUGGGACAGAUUGCCCAUGAAGUCCACCUCCAUGCCGGGCACCCAAGGGACUUUGCCGAAGGGGCUUGCCGAAGAUGAGGCCGGCCUGCCUGCCUUUUCUAGUUUUAUACAAAGAUCGCCACUUUUAGCUAAUGCUUAUGAGACUUGAGUCUAUUUUUGUAUGAAAGAGAAAGCGUCCUUUUUCUAAACCGUGCCUCGCUCUUUGGACACCCAGGGUCUGGCCACCGCUGCGUCCUUCCUGCAGUAUUACAGAUGCCAUCAGCGCAGAGGAGCCUGUCCUGUCCGCCAGUCUGCACACUGGGCUCCCCCGAGCCCCCUGACUCCCCCCACCCGCUCCUGCUGGUGGGUCUCUGCUCUUAGGGGAUGCUUGGAGUGGCUGGACCCCAGGUUUAUUUCAGGACCUCCAGCUGGCCAGGGAGCAGCUGCCCACAGACCCUGCUAUUCCAGGUUCUCACUUGCCCGUUGGGGUCUUCUGUGCUGCCUGAGGCUCUGCACGCCUGCUGGUCUGCAAUGUUCUGGUUCCCCUUCGCUGCUGCUUUCCUUUCGCACUGUUGAAGCCAUGUGGUCUCUGUCCCUCGGCGCGGGUCUGCACUCAGGGAGGGGCCCUCAGGGGUGAUAAGCAAGGCCCCUUAGAGUGAGCUUAGAAAAGGCACCCGGGUCACCUGCUCUGGGGGCUCUGGCUCCAUGGACACCCCAACUGCUGCUUAGUCGCUGUGCCUAGUCUAGUGUCCCCCAAAGCGUCAGGACUGAGUAUGUUCAUGAGUGUGUGGGUCUGAGACGUGGUUCAGAUUCACGGCCACAUUCUUGAAGGCGGUGGGGGCAGGAGGCUGAAACUGGGGUCACACGGGUUGCUGCCACCAACAGCAGGGGCAGGGAGAGCAGUAACGCUCACAGAUAGGUCUUUUUCCGAGCCAUGGGUCUCCAGAUGGCUUCCCAAAGAGUAGGUCCCCACCCCCACCCCAGAUCUCUUGCGUAGGACCCCAGGGUUGCUCAGAGUGCCCAAGAGAAGGAUCCUUCAUGUUUCAAACUGUUGUUCUGUUUUUUCAUUUGGGGACUGAGUGGGGUAGGGCACCGAGCAGACCCAAACCCCCCGAGAAGGAGCACAAGACUGUACUCGGCCGACAUGCAGGCUGGAGAGAAGGGAUUAUGUGAGGAGGCCCCAGCGUGGCCGCCCCUCUGCUCUGGGAACCAGUUCAAGGGACUUGCAGUUAAAUUUCAUUUUUGUUGUCUUGUUUUUUGUUUUUUUCUCCUUUUAAGGAAUUAUGAAACUCAGAAAAGUUUUAUGCGUUGGGGGUUGAUGGACAAAAGUUCUAGCUGAUUAAAUAUGGUCUAACUUAUUGAUACUGUUGUUUUUUUUCCUUUAAUAUUUACUGUGGAAAAAAACUCUUGAGCCAUGGAGUUGGUGUUUACAGGAACUUUUCACUUUGCCAAAUGUUACAAUUGAAAGGCAUCCAUGUCUUCAGUUUCCUAAUAUUUUCUUAAAAGAUCUAGUGUCCUUUUUGUACACUAAACAGGUGAAUGCUGAUUUUUCAACUUACAAUAAAUUUCACUGAACUAAACCUA